CGCCUCGGCCGCCCUUCUUUGUGUUCGGUUCUGCUCCCUGCAGAGGAAGAGGAGGAUGAAGAUGCGGUGAAAACAAAGAGAACCCUGCAGGUUCGGCUCUGGUUCGGAACCGGAGGGUCGGAACACGUUGCGGCUGGAGCGGAGCAGCUGGACCGCCGAACCUUCUCAUGUCUGAGGAGGCAGCAGGAGCCGAACCGGGUCCGGAGGAGGAGGAGCAGGGAGGAGGAGAGGUUGCCAUGGAAACGCCCAGCGCUCCGGUUUACUGCGUGUGUCGGAAACCAGAUAUCAACUGCUUCAUGAUAGGCUGUGACAGCUGCACGGAGUGGUUCCACGGUCAGUGCGUCGGCGUGUCGGAAAAAGCAGCCAAAGCCAUCCGAGUUUGGUUCUGCCCGACCUGCAGAGACAGAGACUCGUCUCUGGAGAUCAAAUACCGUCAGAAAAAGAGCAAGGAGGCGGAGCCAGAGAGGGACGACAGAACGGAUGGCGAGCGAAGCUCCGCCCUCCAGGCCAGGAUCGACCGGCGGCGGGGUUCUCAGAUCAAGCGCUCGGCCCGGAUGUGUGGCGAAUGCGACGCCUGCCUGCGGACGGAGGACUGCGCUCAGUGCGACUUCUGCAAAGACAUGAAGAAGUUCGGUGGUCCGAACAAGAUCCGGCAGAAAUGCCGCCUCCGGCAGUGCGAGGUCCGAGCACGGAAGAUGCUUCGAGUUCGAGACGAGGAGAUGAGUCGGAGUGGCAGCAGGGGGCGGGGCCUGUCCGCAAAGGGGGCGGGGCAUCUUUCAGAAGAUGAUGACGAGGAGGAUGAGGACGAGGAAGGUUUCAGUGAGAGCGAGCUGGAGCUGUACCAGCAGUACAAAGCGGCUGGAUACAGAGACCUGGUGUGGCACAGCGAGGAGGAAGAUGAUGCUCAGUCAGACUCUCUGAGGAAGAAGGCGGUGAAGGUGAAACACGUGAAGAGACGAGACAAGAAACCGGAGAAGAAGAAGUCCGUUUCUGUUCCCAAAGAGGAGGCGAAACCUCGGCGCCACAAGGUGAAGCAGCGCCACAGGGAGCGCGUGCGGCACAGCGAGCGCGCAGGAGAGGGCGGGGCUAAAGAGGCGGGCGGGGCUUUGAGGCAGUGUCUGGGUCCGGGCUGCGUUGAACCGGCCAGAAGUGGCUCCAAGUACUGCUCAGAGGACUGCGGCAUGAAACUGGCAGCCAACCGGAUCUAUGAGAUCCUCCCCCAGAGGAUCCAGCAGUGGCAGCAGAGUCCCUGCGUCGCCGAGGAGAUGGGGCGGAGACAGCUGGAGCGAAUCAGGAAGGAGCAGCAGGCUGCCAGGCUCCGCCUCACGCUGAUGGAGAAACGUUUCCAUGAACUGGAAACCAUCAUCGCCAACGCCAAGCAGCAGCAGGUCCAACAAGACGAGGAGGUUGCUGAGGGAGAUGGGGACGACACAGACCUGCAGAUCUUCUGUGUGUCCUGCAGCCACCCCGUCAACCCCAAGGUGGCGCUGCGACACAUGGAGAGGUGCUAUGCUAAGUACGAGAGCCAGACCUCAUUUGGCUCCAUGUAUCCGACUCGCAUCGAAGGGGCCACCCGGCUGUUCUGUGAUGUCUACAACCCACAGAGCAAGACCUACUGCAAGCGGCUGCAGGUUCUGUGUCCAGAACAUUCCAGAGAUCCCAAGGUCCCAGCAGAUGAGGUGUGUGGAUGUCCUCUGGUCAAAGACGUCUUCGAGCCCACUGGGGAGUUCUGCCGGGUCUCCAAGAGGAAGUGCAACAAGCACUACUGCUGGGAGAAGCUGCGGCGGGCCGAGGUCGACCUGGAGCGAGUCCGAGUGUGGUACAAGCUGGAUGAACUGUUUGAGCAGGAGAGGAACCUGAGGACGGCCAUGACCAACCGGGCUGGGCUGCUGGCGCUGAUGCUGCACCAGACCAUCCAGCAUGACCCAAUCACCACCGACCUGCGCUCUGCCAAGGACAGGUAGACGGCCGGACCCAUGGACAUCUGGACCCAUGGACAUCUGUCAGCAGCCGGGCUUCACUUCAAGAACCAGACAAACAGAACUGACCCGGAUACAUGACCAAUCCAGAACUGGAUCAACUCACAGAACCGUGAGUUAAUCCAGAACCGUCUGAAUUAGCAGUUAGACCCGCUUCCCGCUGGGGAAGGUUCUGGAGGCUCAUUGGUUCUGGAGAUACGAACCAUCCCGGCCCACAAACUGCAGCUUGCACAGAAUCGGUUCUGGUGCUGACAGAAAGAUUUUCACUACAUUUUCACCUAAAGUUUAAUUUCUUGGAUCCAGCUGAUGUGACACUGAAUGUUCUGGGUCGGUAUCGACCCGCAGCAACCGGUAACCGGUCCGCAGCAGAAUUUUCCUCUGUGGGACAAUAAUUGUCGUUUCCACGAUCAGCAGGGGGCGAUCAGCGCCAUUGGGUUGCAGUCUGAAUUUAUCGGGUCAGAAUCCAGAACCCCCAGGCGCUCCGUGUUUAUCCCCGUCUCAGCCGCUCUGUAACCAUGACAACAGCCACUUAGCGAAUAAAACGUCACAAAGUCGAAAACAUCCAGCUGUUCCUAUUUAUAUGGCCAGUUUGCGUGGCUGUUGGUUCUGUGGUUCUGGGUCAGCUGGUUCUGUUGGUGCUGAAACUUCUUUGUGCUGCUGCCUAAACCUUAGGGGACCACAUUACCCAUAAUCCUCAGCCCUAUUGAUGACACGUUGGUGCUGUUGCUACACGAACCCAUCAGAACCGAUCCGGGUUUUUACUGGGACCACAGCAAGACUGACACCUGAUUGACUGACACCUUCAAUGGAAACCAGCCAGCAGCCAAUCAGAGAGCUCCAUUGUUUUACUUCUGAUUUUCACUUUUAGCGUAUUUGUGAUUAUAAAGUUUUUUGUGAUGUUUGUCCAUCUGUCCUGGUCCAGCUUCUCCUGCUGCUUCCUCCCGCCUCACAGGAAGUGAUGCGUGACCAGAUUCUGUGUUUUUAUUGGCUCAAAUAAACCUGAUCAUGUUUUCAUA